AUUUUCAAAUGCAUGUACUUAGCGCUUCAAUUUGAUUAUGAAAAUACAUAAGUCAGAUAAAUUCAUACUGCAUGUUGCCUAUUUUUGUUUAAGUGCCCUUCUGAUGAAAAUUUGGUUUUAGAAGAGGGAGUUUUAGUUAGCUGCUUCGUUUGAUUAUCGAGAAUGGCUACUCUGGGUACUGGUAUGCGGUGUCUUAAGAGCUGUGUAUUCGUUUUGAACAUCAUCUGUCUGUUGUGUUCCCUAGUACUUAUUGGGGCUGGUGCCUAUGUAGAAGUUAAGUUCAGCCAAUAUGGAGACAACUUGCACAAGGUCUGGCAGGCAGCACCCAUUGCUAUAAUUGUUGUUGGAGUAAUAAUUCUUAUAGUGAGCUUCUUGGGUUGUUGUGGAGCUAUAAAGGAGAACGUCUGUAUGCUGUAUAUGUAUGCAUUCUUCCUCAUUAUACUUUUGAUUGCUGAAUUGGCCGCUGCCAUAGUUGCAGUUGUUUACAAAGAUAGGAUCGAUUCAGAAAUUGACGCAUUGAUGACUGGUGCUCUGGAUAAACCGACUCCAGAGAUAACUGAGUUCAUGGAUUUGAUUCAAUCAUCAUUCCAUUGCUGUGGAGCCAAGGGUCCUAAAGAUUAUGGAGUAAACAUUCCAGCUUCAUGCAGAGGAGAGAACACGGUCUAUCAGGAGGGCUGUGUACCUGUCUUUGGGGCAUUCUUGAAACGCAACCUAGUGAUUGUUGCUUGUGUUGCAUUUGGUGUCUGCUUUUUCCAGUUGUUAAGCAUUGUCAUAGCUUGUUGUUUGGGUCGCCAAAUAAAGGAGUACGAAAAUGUGUAAUCCCUGCAAAGAAAACAAUAUUAUGUUUAUCGGUCCCCUUCUGUUUUCCUUUUGGCUUUUAUGAAAUUAUGCUUUUUUAUUGCCUAGAUAAUUGUGCCUUGGUUAAUAAUCAUGUGUUCGACUUCGUUUACGAUAUAUAUUAAUUAUACAUAAAUAUGAUACUGUCAUUCUCAUUGUUUCACUUUUUAUCAUUCUUAUACAUAAUGAGUUGCAUUGAUUCCCUGGUAUAUACCUACAAACUGAUGACAAAUCAUCUUCACUUUUAUGGUGUCUUAUAACCUUUCACGUUUAUAUAAUUUUAAAUCUUUGUUACACCUUUUGUUUUACAAACCGCUUAUUUUUCCGCUACAGCAUUAGACGUUUCUUGUAUAAAUCAAUUCCGUUAUCUCAGUCUUCAAAUGCGAUUGGGGGUUGUUCUAAUAAUAUUUAUAGCAGUGACUGUUCGAAGUUUAUUCCAUUCCUUCGUAAUUCCUUUAUUUAAAAGUCAGAGCUCCAAAUAGAUUAAAGCGUCAUAGUGUUUGUUUGUCAGUAAUUAUCCAUAUUUUUGUUUCAAAUACCAAAUAAUAAAGUAUUUAUAAAGAUA